AUGGGUCGCAUGCACACUCCGGGCAAGGGCCACCCCGAGGACGUCUGCGACCAGAUCUGCAAGCUCGCUCGCAAGGGUAUCAACCCGUCGCAGAUCGGUGUCAUCCUGCGUGACUCGCAGGGCGUCCCCCUGGUCGCUCCGAUCACCGGCACCAAGAUCACCCGCAUCCUGCGCGCCAACGGUCUGGCCCCCGAGAUCCCCGAGGACCUGUACUUCCUUAUCAAGAAGGCUGUCUCCGUCCGCAAGCACCUCGAGCGCAACCGCAAGGACAACGACGCCAAGUACCGCCUCAUUCUCAUCGAGUCGCGUAUCCACCGCCUUGCCCGCUACUACAAGACCGCUGGCCAGCUCCCGCCCAACUGGAAGUAG